GGGGGAAUCUGUUCCCCAAUGGCUCAGAAGUAUCGCUCCUCAGGGUCCAAGUUCCAAGUAUCGUGGUCAGAGAACUUGAAGCUGCCUCCCCUCCAACAAGCCAAAGGCAACAACAAAAGCACAAUGAAGAGUGGGACUAAAGUUCAAUCAGCAGUGCAGUCCCAGAGUUCUGCAGAGAUGCCAAACCCAGCAAAGACUAUACAGGGACUUCGAAGGAGAGAGCAAGUGCACCAUGGGAAGACGCAUAGCAAAGUGCGGCUGAUGAGGUUGAUGCUUCGAAACCAGCGGGCCACGCUCCAGGAGCUCUACAACCACGAGGCCUUCCUCAGCAACCUCAACCAGGAGCUGGUCAACUCCAUCCAGAACCUGGAGGACAGAUUGGCCGGGAACGUGCGCGCCAUGCUGCAGCAGCAGGGCAUCCUCGGGAAUAUCAUUGACGUCUUGGAGUGCUCAAACCAGAGGCGGCUGCAGCAGCUGUGGUCUGAGCUUGAGGAGUGGAAAGAGAACGAAGAGCGCAAGACAAACAGCCUGCAGCAGGAGGUAGACCAGCUGAAUGCUGAGAUCCAGAAGGCCCAAGGGGAACUGUCCUACUUGAACACCUACAUGGAUCAUGAGUAUUCCAUCAAGUCGGUUGAGAUCACCAACCACAUGCGCCAGGUGCAGCAGGCAAAGGACAGCCAACAGACUGAGCUGGACCACCUUCGGGAGAUGCGUCGAGUGGUCCUGUCCAAGUUUUCCGACAUGAUUAAGGAGAAGAAGAAGAAAAUCCUGAGGUCUCUGGUGGCGGAGACCCAGAAACCCCACGAGGAAACGCUUGUACUGAAGAACUGGAGCAUCCAGCGCCUGAAGAUGUCCGUGGUCUUGUUCAGAGAGCUUAUUGAACAGUUGAAGAAAGACAUACCGGCAUUAAUAGCGGAGGUGGAGCAAAUGUACGCAAAACUCUGGAACCCUCGAGAGGUCAUUUUUCAGGAUGUUCUGCUUCAGAGACCCAAGUGCACUCCAGACAUGGCAGUUGAGAUCAACAUUCCAGCUGAAGAGCUAUUCCUUUUCUAGACGGCAGCCUGACCACCCCUCUCCCCAGCUCUAUUCCCAGCCCCAGGAGUUCAGCUGGUGACUUACAAGAUGGUGUCUCCAUCAUGAAUCUGGCCCACGGUCCCUCCUCUACCCCUCUCCCUUGCUGCUUGGACCAGGCAGGAAUUCCCAGUCCAGCCUGUUUGUCUCUUGGUAUCAAUAAA